AAAAAUGGUCCCGGAAAAAAUGGUCCCGGAAGAAAUGGUCCCGGAAGGAAUGGUCCCGGAAGAAAUGGUCCCAGGCGGAGAGGGCGGAAAAAAUGGUCCCGACUUCUUUUUUUAAGGUCUUCCGCUUGGAAUCCCACUUCCACUUCAGUACACAUUCGUCAUGUGGUCUAUAUUGAUCAGUGCGUAUUUUAACGAUGUAAGAGCAUUUUAGGCUCGCUAAGUGCGAUUAUUUGAAGCGGAGCCAAAUUCACAAUGUUGUAUGAGAUCGCAAUACAGGGUAUAGGACCUUUCGGUGCAUGACAUUUUGCUGCACAUCCGCUGCACAUUUCGGAGCACGGACGUCUCGGUGCACGGACAUUCCAGAGCUCGGACAUUUCGGUGCACGGAUAUCUCGGUGCAAAGUCGUUUCGCCGUGUAUCCGCUUUAGGCGCAACUGCGUGUGUCCGUGGGCAGUGAGAGGGGCGCGGUUACACGGUCGAAUAUGGACUACUUCAUUAACCCCAUACACCCCGAUAGUUCGCCCUCGGCCGACUUCUCUCAGUGUCAUUUAAUGUAAUCUUUGCUAGGCGGCAUUCUUUCGCGUGUUUUCGCUUUUGUUUGCGAGAGUUAAAACCACCUGCCUCUGUGGGAUUGGUGUCCGUCUCCUUAGAGCUACACGGGGACUAACUAUAGUCCAACUUCGGAGUCACGUGGUUACGAGAUUCGGUUCCUGUCAACGGCAGAGGCCCAUCCAUUCCUAUCAUUCUUUUUUAUUUCCUUUUUUUUUGGGGGGGGGGGUCGAAAAGACCUUUUGUCGUAGCGGCCAGCACACGUGUUCUGGUACAAAUAGCUACGUUGGGACAGUUUGUUCCCCCACGAAAAAAGUAAAAGAAUGCCACAGAAAGCAUUGACCACGGACACUUGAAAAUCCGGACAAAAAACGCAAUGAGGGCGUUGAGUCACCUUAAACGCUUUCAGGUUGCUGUAAGUGGAAUCUCCUUUACAUGCUUCUUUGUCCUGGGUUUUCGUGCUUUGAUGUAUUCUAAACUUUCAUGUGGGGCUACUGUUCCGCUGACUCUGACCCCGGCCGUCGGGUUACUGACCCUGUUUGUUCUCGGAAAUGUGGUGGAAGGAAAUGAGCUAUUCUUGCAUCCGUCGGUAUAUAUUUGGGGUUAGCAAAUGUUUCUGGACAGUUAGAGUCUUGGAGCACCGAGAGACAUCGUUUCAUCUCCAGUCCAACUGAUUUCUGACCCGUGUUUCCAAGCAUGGAAAUUUUAGAGUCCAACAAAGGAGGUGACAAACUGUGCGUGGGUGGUUACCUGUAUACGAAACACAAGCCAGUGGCCUCGGGGACCCGCUGGCGCUGUGUCAGGCGGCGCACUGGUUGCAAAGGAGCUGUGGUGUGCAGUGGAGAGGGUGGAGACGAUUGCAGGGUGAGCGCAUCUCACGACCAUCCACCCGACAGCGGCGCCGUCAACAUUGCCAAGGCUCGGUGCAGGAUGAAGAACAUGGCGAUGUCAUCGACAGAACGGCCAGCUGCAAUUGUUGCUCAAGCCACCGUGUGCCUUACUGCUGGGGAGAAGACAUUGCUCAUAUGCGAAGACAGCCUGAAGCGAUGUGUUCGUGCUCAGAGGUCUUCGAUUUAUCCACCUCAACCAGCGUCCCUCCGUGAGCUUAUAAUCGAUGGUGACUGGGCAUUGACGAGUGGCUCCACCCCAGAACGUUUCUUGAUCUAUGACAACGGACCCGACGCGGAGAACCGACUCGUUGUGUUCGCGGCAGUAAGUGGGCUCAGGCUUUUAAGUGAGAGCACGUUAUGGUUCAUGGACGGGAACUUCGAUGUUGCCCCGAAGCUAUUCAAACAGCUUUAUUUCAUUUUAGUUCCUCUUGGAGACAGCGCUGUAUCAGUUGUGUACGCUUUCAUGACGUCAAAAACGCAGGAAGCGUAUGAGGAACUUUUUCAAGCCGUCGUCGAUGCGUGCAGUGCCCAGGGUAUGAUGCCCUCACCAGAUGUUGUCAUCACGGACUUCGAAAAAGGCGCCAUGAACGCAGUGAAGGCCAUCUUGGGUGAAGAACUACAAACAAGAGGCUGCUUCUUUCACUUAUGUCAAAGUACGUACUCAAAGAUCCAGCAACUGGGACUGGCUUCGAGGUAUCAAGACGACGAGGAUUUUCGUCACUUUAUCGGCAUGCUGGAUGGCCUGGCCUUCCUUCCCCUUGAUGACGUUGAGGCAGGGAUGAACUUCGUGAAGGCCGUCGCUCCAGAAGGGGUGGAAGCUGUUAUCGCAUACUUUGAUGAGACGUACGUGAACGGGACAUACCGACACGUUGGAAGACUAGACGAAAACCCCCGGAUUCGUCGCACACCACCUCGGUUUCCACCGGAAGUGUGGAACGUCCAUGAAGCUACAUUGGAAGGUGGCGCCAGAACGAACAACCACUCAGAGGCAUGGAAUAGAAGAUUCAGCAGUCUGGUAGGCCAUUCCCACCCCACAGUAUGGCGAGCAAUAGCCACACUGCGCCUGGAGCACUCAGCGGCAGAAGGAAAGAUGACGCAGUCACUAGCCGGCGCUCCACCCGCAAAGAGGCAAAGGACCACCACCCUACAGUUGCAGGAAAGGCUUCGACGUCUCUGCCAAGAUUUUGUAGACGACAGGAGGACUCUGGAAAGCUUUCUGAGGGGUGUGGGACACGCUGUGCGUUUGCGUGCUCGCACAUAAGUCGCGUGCUUCUAAGUUUCGGACAUGACUUGUUGUCGCACAAUAAAUGAGCGAGUUCGAAGUUUUUGGCACUGAGUUUGAAUGUAGUCUUUUUUUACUAAUUUUUAUUUCGUUAUACACUGUCGCUGGAAAUCAAAUUCACGAAAAAUGCAUCGUAUGGCUCUGCCGUACAACUUUCUAUUCACAACAGGCACAAAUUUUCAUUAAUUAAAAUAGUCAAUUACGGUAACUCAUAAAUGACUGCUCUGGCACUGAAUAACAAGUUGCGGCCGUCAUUAGUUUUGAUGGGAAAGCACUUGCCCGCGAAGCCUCAUGUGCACGGUUUCGGUUUCGAAUUUGCCUACCAGACGUCAUGGGUACGU